ACAACGACAAGGAAAUUACUUUUCCACAUUUUUGAAUGAAAAUUAUGCGUGGUUGUUUAUUAGGAAAUAGGAAGUGAGAGAUCUAAAGUUCCGAUCUCUUGUUUAUAUUAUAACAAUUAUUUUAACAACAACGCAGACAUGUUCACACCAUGAAAUACUUGUGGAUAAUUUUAACGAUGUGGACAGCAUAUUAUGGACGCAUUGAUAUCUGCCUGGCAGAUGAUACUUGCGAGGGAAAGUUUAAGAACUGCUGUGAUGGUUUUAUGUUCGAUUUCCAGACGAACAAAUGCAUUGCGUGUAAAAUAGGAUUUUAUGACGUGAACUGCUCGAAGACGUGUCCUAAUGGUACAUUUGGCAAGGACUGCCAGUCUGUAUGCAGGUGCUACCCAUGUCACCACGCCGACGGAUGUACAGAAGAGAUAGUAACAGAUACCCCCCGUGCUGAAUACAGAAAGGAAAUGGUGACACAUUUUAAGAAAAUGAUCAGUUCUUACCAAACAUCUUCCACAACUAAAAUGCAUAGGGUCUCAAAAAGUCAGCUGAAUUCUACAGAAAAAAAGAACAAAGAAGAACCAGAAGCCCCAACACUUCAUCAUGGAUUGUACGUGAUUGUCAGUACCAACACGCUACUUACCUUACCAAUCACAGUGGCUGUUAUAUUAUACAUCUGUCGAAAAAGAAAAAGCAGGAAAACUAAACAAGACACUGUGGAAGAAAUUUACUAUCACGCUAAUCCAGACACCUGCUACAACGAUCUGAAUGAGAUCCGCACUGUGACCAAGGCCUGCGAGUACGAUGCUUUACCGGUUGAUUCGGAAGAUUUCGGAGAUGACCGUUUGUGUCUAGAUUUUCUAGACGAUGUUCAGCGAAAGACCCGAGCAAACAGUUAUGUUCCUGUCCGCGAGAGGAAGCCUAAAGAGAACGAUGAAAGGAAUAACGAAAGGGAUCACUAUACCAAAGUCAAGAAAAACUUUUCCCGCACAGAAGUUAAAGGUAACAUGACAAGACAAAACGAAACAACAGAAUCGCUGGAUAGCCAAACCUCAGUAAACACGACUACAUCCGGCGCCGAGUGUCAGUAUGUUGUACCUCUGACCCCUACAGCUGCUGGACCUGGAAUAAGCUUUAAAUCGUCAGAUAAUACAUACCUUAGUGUUCCCAUGGAGGAUGCAGAAACAAUUAGCAAUAGCAGUGUUGUAUAUACAGAGUUAAUUUAAACAGGACCAAAGAAGUUGGAUUGAAAUUUAUUUGAUUGAAGUAUUUUGUACAUAUUUGUUUCAGUGUAUCAUCUCAUGACGUUCGGAAUUAGUUGUUUAUAUUGCUGUUUUGCUCUCUCUCUCUCUCUCUCUCUCUCUCUCUCUCUC